AUAAACUGUGGUUUAUUUUGUUUUAUUAUUGUGUAAAUGCGAGAACGUAAAAGUGAAAAAUUUAUGCUAUAGUUUACACAGUAACGCGAAAACUUGAAUUAGAUUUCUAGAAAAUAUUUUUUUUUAUGUGAAUUAAACUUAUAAAAGUUUUAAAAGUAUCGUUAUGCAGAAUCUAAUAAAUUUGGUUGAAAUCUCCUAAAUUUCGAUCUUGUGACAUAAUGAGUUUAUUAUUUCUUAGCUUGUUAUUUCUUAUCACCAAGACACACGCAUUGCCAUACGACGUGCAUUGGCUUGGUGGACCAACAAUAGUUGACAGAGAUAUUUCACCUUUAAAACAAACUGUGGAUGUUUAUUGUUAUUCUGGUACUGCAAAAAACCUUUUUGCUUUAUGGCAAACUGUUAAGUUUAAUAUUAAAAUAAAGACAGAUGAGUUUAGUCAGUAUCUGGGCGAGAACCCAGAGGAGGUUUAUAAAGAUUAUACAGAGGAUAGCUAUGGCUGGGCAGUGGUCAGUCCAUUUCAAAAGAAAUCAUAUAGAAGUGUGUCUCUUAACCUCUUUACACCUACCUGCAUGGCUAUUAAUACUAAACAGAGACAUAGUAUUGAAUUGCAGAUUCAAAGAGUUGAUAUCUGGCGUGUUAUUAUGAUGGCAUCAGGAAUUACUCUCAUUUUUGCAUCUCGCUCACUAAGUGGUAACCCGGUAUUCUUCUAUCUGUGUGGAAUAGUAGUUGGUGUGUCUGCAUCUUUUAUGGUCAUUGUGUAUUAUAUUAGCAGGCUGCUUCCAAGGAAAACCCUAACCUAUGGAAUAUUAAUAGGUGGUUGGACAGUAGGAGUAUAUAUUUUCCAACAAAUAUGGGAGAAUAUCCGAACAUUAUUGCUAUCAUACCAGGCUUAUAUGUUUUGGUACACAUUUUUAGCUGGUUUUGUCAGUUUCAUUGUAUGCUAUAGAAUAGGACCACCCAAGAAUCAGCGAAGCAAGAAUCUUGUUAUGUGGACAUUACAGUUAGUAGGCGUAUUCGUAAUCUUCUUCAGCAGUCAGUACCAAGAGGCGUCAGCUGCGGUUCUGAUCGCGGCAGUGGUCGCCAAGUACUUCCCUCAGAGCUGGCUUUACAGGAUACAGGGAUAUUGGCGUUGUAGAUUUCCACCAAAACCCCGAUUAUUGACUAGCGAGGAAUACUAUGAAGAAGGUGCGCGUGAGACGAAGCGAGCGUUGGAACAACUGCGCGAGCACUGCUCCAGCCCCGAUUGUGCGCAAUGGCGGGUCAUGCUCAAGUUACACGACGCUAAACGAUUUCGAAAUGAGAGGGGGACCUUAAGAAGACCAAGUUUCGCGAGUUUCGUGGAGGGUAACUCGCAUUUGAGCGACGAUGAAGUAUUGGAUUACGAGUCGUAUGCCUUCUCUAUGGAGAGAUCGAAACCAGCUAGUUCGUCGCGCCUAGAAAUAUCUGAUGACGACUCCUCGGAUUAUGACGAUGAAUAAAACAACAAUAAGACAAAAAUGAUCUAAUCAAGAUACCACGUGAUAAAGACACCAAAUUAGUAGUCUCUAUUUCAUUGUGAAUGUAAUUUUUUUAUUUCCGAUCUGGAAUAUAUCUGGUUAUUUUUGACAGUGAUUAGCCCACGAACAAGGGCGUUAGACGUCAGGCGUUCCGUCAAACGAACAGAUUUUGACAGAUACAUAAUUUUCUUGAGUCUUUGGGUGAGAUUUAGAAAAUAAACUUAGCACGAACAGCAACUGUUGUAUGUCAAAAUGCGAUACAUAUUUGACUAUUCGAUACUAUAUUUUUACAUAAUUAACAUUCUCUUCAAACUUUUGGUUUUACUUAAUAUUUAUUACUAUAAUUAAUUAGUUGUAACUAUACUUUUUUUUUGUUAGUUUACAUGACAUUUCUUUAGAGUUUAACCUAAGUUCCCAGCUCAACAAUAAUGGUUUAAACUACAAACUCCUUAACAUUUUUAAAUAUUAUAAAGAAACUAUAGUGACUAUUAUUACAAAAUAUUUUUAAUUUUAAGAGAUCGGUGAACUCUUGUUAUUGAAGUCGAGACUAUUUUGGGUUUUUAAUUUAUAAUAUGACAUUUCAACUUAACGCCCUUUAUUUCAUUAUCUGUGCGUUUCGUCAUAGACGCUUAUUUUCUCUAAACUGUCAUCUAUUUUUGACAUUGUUUGACAAGAUGCGAAUUCGCUCAUUUAGAUUUAUAUUAUGUGUACCUAAAUUUACUGGCCUUGUGUACAACCACAAGCAAACAUAGAAAUACAAUCAGUGACUCUAUGGAAUCUCUUUCUUGAUCUUUGUUAAUUAGACUAAAGAAUGUCGCGGAUGUCACAGAUUCCAAUACGUUUUUGUCAUAAAGUUACACAAUCUUAAAUCAACAUUUUAAGGGAUUAGAUGAAAUGUUAUAAAACUUGAGAACUGGAUGUUAUAAAUCUAAAUGAUGGCGAAUAAAAAUAAAAAGUCAUUAUACUUAGUAAUUUUUUUAAUGUUAAUUUGUAUACAUUUUGUAAGUAUAUUAAAUUUGUGAAUAAUUAAACAACCAUUUGUAAGAUCUCUAAUAUGAUUUAUUGUUUUUUUAAACUGAAUUGAGAUAAGCCAAUUUUUUUCAAUUCUUCUGUAAUUUUUCAUUUUUGUUU